UUUUUGGUCAACAUUUUUUCUCGAAUUUUGACGAACUCUUCAAACCAAUUUUUUUUUUUUCAGCUUCCUCCACUUAUCACCCUUCUGAGCUAUCUUUUUGCUUGUGAAUUAGGGAAAUCCCCUGUCGACUCUGAAAAACCCACGACUUCUCCCUCCCCUUCUUGGUUUCAGUUUCUUUCCUUUCUUUUUCUUUGAUUUUCUUCUGUUUUGUCAUCCUCUCAUCGUUUCGAAGGAACACGAAGACCUGGAAGAAUCUGCAACGAGCCAGCAAUCUUCUUCUCCAAUGCUGUAAUUUGCCCUCCCCGAGGUGAUAUUCGGGAAAGACAAUCACAAAGAGUGGAGUUCUUGAAUUAAUGUAUGCCAGGGUAAUGUAACAAUAUUCUUGUUACGGGAUGAACAACGAGGGUUUUGAAGCACAGCUAUUGGCCGACAAGUUAUCCAAGCUCAAUAAUUCUCAGCAGAGCAUUGAGUCUUUAUCAAGAUGGUGUAUUUCCCACCGGAAAAAGGCCAAGCAGAUUGUUGAAACAUGGGAUAAAUUGUUCAAUUCUUCUCAAAAAGAGCAGCGUGUUUCCUUUCUGUAUUUGGCAAAUGAUAUUCUGCAAAACAGUAGGCGCAAGGGAAGUGAAUUUGUGAAUGAAUUCUGGAAAGUUCUUCCUGGGGCUCUCAAGUACGUGUAUGACCAUGGGGAUGAUAGUGGAAAGAAAGCAGUUGCCAGACUUGUUGACAUAUGGGAGGAAAGAAAAGUUUUUGGUUCUCGGGGUCAGAGUCUUAAGGACGAAAUGCUUGGUAAAAAUCCACCUCCUUUACCGAGCAGCAAUGGGAAGAGUUCAAAUCCUAUAAAAAUAGUGAAGAGGGAUGCCCACUCUGUGAGAAUUAAACUGGCUGUUGGAGGUGUUCCAGAAAAGAUUCUUACUGCGUUUCAAUCUGUACUUGAUGAACAUCUGAAUGAGGAUACUGCUCUGAACAAUUGUAGUUCUGCCACUCAUCAUCUGAAUCAAAUUGAGGAAGAUUUAAAUGCUACCUUAGCUCAAGGGACUCAACCAAGGUCUGCAUUGUUGGAUGACCUCCAAGAGCAGGAAAGUGUAAUUCAACAAUGUAUUGGGCAACUCGAAAGUGUUGAGGCAACUAGGGGUUCUUUGGUUUCCUUGCUUGUAGAAGCACUUCAGGACCAAGAAUCAAAGCUGGAACUAGUUCGCAAUCAGUUGCAAAUUGCUCGAUCUCAAAUUGAGCUAGCAAGUAAUGUUCGGAAGAGAUUAACGACUCCGGUUCCUGGUCCUCUGGCUGCUACCAUUGAUUUACUGACAGAAAUGACCCAUGUGGCUGAUACUAAGUUAACUUCAGUUCAAUCAAACACAAUCUCUUCUCAGUCCCCUCUUGUCCAGGCUAUGGUUUCUUUUGCUGGUCCUAAAACCAGUGAAGAGGAAAACAAAAGAGCUGCUGCUGCUGCCGUUGCUGCAAAAUUGGCUGCUUCUACAUCUUCGGCACAGAUGCUUACCUCUGUUCUUUCAUCCCUUGUUGCAGAAGAAGCUGCUUCCAUGAAUGGUAGCCUAAAAUCAUCUGGGUUUGCUUCACUACCCAUAUUCUCUCCCGAAAAACGACAGAAACUCGAGAAGCCAAUGCCCAUUUCUGAUGUAAACAGCUCAGAUAGUAUUGGAUCGUUUGUUACAUCUAUGCAACAGCAACAAUUGACAAGUGUGGCACUUGCACAAUCAGCAAAUGUCCAACCUGUAUCCCAGGCUAACCCGAGUCAAGCAUCAUUUACUCCACCACCUCCACCAGCACCACCAUCUCUAUCCUCCACAACUCCAGUAAAUCCAUAUCCGCAGUCUGGUGCAUUAAUGGGAGUAUUACCUUAUGGUUUUGGUGCAUAUUCUCUACCACCUCCGCCUCCUCUGCCUCCACAUAUUGCAAUGGGUUUGACUAGGCCGACGUCGCAGCCACCUCAGCAACAGCCGCAGCAGCCACAGCAGUCACAGCCAACUUCAGGAGGAUUUUAUCGGCCACCAGGUAUAGGUUUUUAUGGACAAAGCCAGCAGUCGACACCACCUCCCGUCCCUAGGCAGUAAGUUCCUGGAAGAAUUCACUCGGGGCAAAUGUUCACUUAAAAGGAUUAAUAGCUUUAAAUGGUUUAUAAGCAAGUCACUCACAUCUCUACUUGUCAAUUGAGAGUCCAUUUCAGAAUUUGUAUUAUCAUGUAAAUUAGUAGAAUUUUUUGGUUCUGUAGAAGUUUUAGCAUAUGUCAUCUCCUGCCAACAACCUAAAGUGUGUUGCAGCCGAGGUUCAUCCAUGUCAAUGGAAAAAUUAAAUGACUACACUGAGGCUUUUCCUAUGUAAUGCUACCAAAAAUUGGAAAAAGCUCGAUAUCGUAUAAUUCUCGGCUACCUCGAAAUUUACUUCAGCCAGAUAAGGUUUCUCCUAUGUGUUUGGAAGCUGGGUAGAGUACUGCUUAGCAGAUUUUUAGUAUGUUAGAUUCAGCUUUCAAGACAUUGUUUCCUUAAUGUCUGGAUGGAUAGAGUUGGCCAAGUAGACUUAUUUGGAUAGAAAGAACAGGAUAAUACUGGUCUGUAAUAUAACUUAGUGAGGCCAUGAAAAAUUACAAGUAGAUACAGCAGUGCCAUGGUUUUUCUGUUUUUCAGUAGAGAACUUUUAUUUAAAAUAAACUGUUUCUCACU